CAUCACCAAAGUCUUUAAUGUCUUCGGACUUUAUCGAAGACAGCUUUUUAGAUUUAGCAUCACUUUGCCAACGACUUUCCGAAAACUUUUAUUUACUAAUUUAUUUUCUUAAUGUUAAUAUGCACACAUCAGUCUUUCCAGUUUUGUAUAUAUAAAGAAACCAUUACUCAUUCACUCGGACCACCAACUUACGACCAAAGAAAGCAAAUCCAGACUUGGUUUGUGUCUUUAAAACAUUAGUAAAAUACUUUUUGUAAUGGACUGUUCUUCCUUUCUUGACCUCAACACCAACCCUUUCGAUCAUAAUUUCCCCGCAAAACUUCCGAAGGAGGAGGUCAAGGUUUCGACUUCUUCUGAUUUGGAAAGGAAACAGAACGCAAGUGAGUUAAGAGAGGAGCUAAACCGAGUCAACUCAGAGAACAAGAAACUAACAGAGAUGUUAGCAGCAGUCUGGGAAAACUACUACGCACUACAUCACCAUUUGGAGAAGCUUCAGAGUCGAAAAAGCCCUGAAAUGGAUCAGAUCGAGCAACCGACAAAGAGAAGAAAACAAGAUUCCUAUGAGUUAUUAGGAUUUGGUAAUGGACUCAGUGGUGGAAAAACUGAGAACAGCUCCAGCAACGAAGAUCAUCAUCAGCUUCUUUCAUGCAAAAGACCAGUUACUGAUAGCUUCAAUAAAGCAAAUGUUUCAACAGUCUACGUGCCUUCUGAUUCUUCCGACACAAGCUUGACAGUAAAAGAUGGGUAUCAAUGGAGGAAAUACGGACAAAAGGUUACAAGAGAUAACCCCUCGCCUAGAGCUUACUUUAGAUGUUCGUUUGCGCCGUCUUGUCCAGUUAAAAAGAAGGUGCAACGCAGCGCAGAGGAUCCAUCCAUACUAGUAGCUACAUACGAAGGGACGCAUAACCACUUAGGUCCAAACGGUUCUGAAGGGGAUGUUACAAGCCAAGUUGGAUCAAGCACUGUGACUUUGGAUCUGGUUCAUAGUGGUCAGGGAACGAUGCAAGAGGUUCUGGUUCGGCAAAUGGCGUCUUCGUUAACGAAAGACUCAAAGUUCACAGCUGCUCUUGCGGCUGCUAUAUCAGGGAGGUUGAUGGAGCAGUCUAGAACAUGAAGCUAGUUUCAGUGAAUGCUUUUGUUUUGGUUUCUCAUCCUUAGAGCAUCUCCAAUGUAAAACUCCAUUUUUUCCUCUAAAAUGGAGUAAAAGUGAAAAUGGAGUAAAAUUGCUCCAACCCUACUCCAUUUCUUACUCCAUAAUGGAGUGAUGAACAAACAAAAAAUAUACUACUCCAUUUAUAGAGUAAAUUUCAUUAUGGAGUGAGAUAUGGAGUUGGGUUGGAGCACUCUUUACUCCAUAUUCACUUUUACUUCAUUUUAGAGGAAAAAAUGGAGUAGAGAUGGAGAUGCCCUUAGAAAAAUGAAUGGCGUUUCUUUUUUUUUUCCUUUUUAAAAUAUAACUUUUAAUUGGGAGAAAAAGAUGGAAACUAAAUUGUAUAUAAAAAACUAUAAGCAAAUUAUAAAUCAUGAACAUUCAAGAGAA